AUGUACAAAGGAUCCUGUUCAGAUAAGGAAGAUGAAGAUGGGGGUGGGAAGGGAGGUGUCUGUACAGGGCCUGAUAGCUCCUGGGAGCCUGUCGAGUUCAAGGGGAACUUUAAUUACACACCUAGCUUUCCUCGACUUCUCGGAGGGCUUAGCGAUUUCCCUUCACCCCGCAAGCCUCUAGUUUCUCGGGAGCAGCAGCAGCGGCAGCAGCAGCAGCCCGGACCUCGAGUCCGGGUCCAGCGCGGAGCUCACGGCGCGAGCUUCGCCCUCCCGGGACUGAGUCAGCGCCCGGGCCCCGGAGUUCGGCGGGAGGCGCAGGGCGGGGCUUCCUCCCGCCGACUCGGAGCCCAGCUCUACUUUUCCGAGUCCACGUCUCUCUGCCUUCUGUCAGGCGUGGUUCCUCCAGGUCGGGGCCUGGGCCAACCUGAUAGCCCCGGUGCCGUCCGGAGGAUCGAUCUCCCUUCUCCGUCCUCCUGUCCUUCCCCGGGCAACCUGUGUGGCAGGAGAGAUGAAAUACUUGAUCAGCUUGAACGGGUCUUUUUACGACUUGGCCAUGCUGAAACAGAUGAACAGUUGCAAAAUAUUAUAUCUAAAUUCCUUCCUCCUGUUUUGCUCAAACUGUCCAGCACCCAAGAAGGAGUGCGGAAAAAGGUAAUGGAGCUACUGGUUCACUUGAAUAAGCGUAUAAAAAGCCGCCCCAAAAUUCAACUCCCAGUAGAGACAUUGUUGGUUCAGUACCAGGAUCCUGCUGCAGUUUCCUUUGUCACAAAUUUUACUAUAAUUUAUGUGAAGAUGGGCUAUCCUCGCCUGCCAGUAGAAAAACAAUGCGAACUGGCCCCUACCCUUCUUACUGCCAUGGAAGGGAAGCCUCAGCCACAACAGGACAGCUUAAUGCAUCUUUUAAUACCAACCCUUUUUCACAUGAAAUACCCUGUUGAAUCAUCAAAAUCAGCUUCUCCGUUUAAUCUUGCUGAGAAACCAAAGACUGUGCAGCUGCUUUUGGACUUCAUGCUGGAUGUUCUUCUUAUGCCUUAUGGAUAUGUGUUAAAUGAAACCCAGAGCCGCCAAAACUCAUCAUCAGCACAGAGUUCUUCUUCAAACAGUGGGGGAGGUUCUGGUAUCCCACAGCCUCCCCCAGGAAUGAGCUUUUAUGCAGCUAAACGUGUUAUUGGUGAUAACCCAUGGACACCUGAACAGCUGGAGCAGUGCAAAUUGGGCAUAGUGAAAUUCUUAGAAGCUGAACAGGUGCCUGAACUCGAGGCUGUUCUCCACCUGGUGAUUGCUUCUAGUGAUACACGCCACAGUGUGGCAACAGCAGCAGACCUGGAAUUAAAAAGCAAACAAAGCUUAAUUGACUGGAAUAAUCCUGCCAUCAUUAAUAAGAUGUACAAGGUAUACCUUGGAGAUAUACCAUUGAAGACAAAAGAGGGUGCAGUUCUGAAGCCAGAGCUGAAAAGAGACCCAGUCAGUACCAGAGUCAAAUUAAAGAUUGUCCCCCAUCUCCUUCGCUCUCGACAAGCUGCCGAAACGUUCCCAGCUAAUAUUCAGGUGGUAUAUGAUGGACUUUUUGGUACAAAUACAAAUUCAAAGUUAAGAACAUUAUCCCUGCAAUUUGUACAUCACAUUUGUAUAACCUGUCCAGAAAUCAAGAUUAAACCAUUAGGUCCAAUGCUUUUGAAUGGCCUCACGAAGCUAAUCAAUGAAUAUAAAGAGGACCCUAAACUACUGUCAAUGGCAUAUUCAGCUGUUGGAAAACUCUCCAGUCGAAUGCCCCAAUUAUUUACUAAGGAUAUAGCUCUUGUGCAGCAGCUUUUUGAAGCCUUGUGCAAGGAAGAACCUGAGACUCGACUUGCUAUCCAAGAAGCAUUGUCUAUGAUGGUUGGAGCUUAUAGUACUUUAGAAGGAGCACAGCGAACACUGAUGGAGGCACUUGUGGCUUCAUACUUAAUAAAGCCUGAAGUUCAAGUUCGACAAGUAGCUGUGAAAUUUGCCAGCACGGUGUUUCCCUCAGAUCAUAUACCUUCCAGAUAUUUACUCCUAUUGGCUGCAGGAGAUCCACGAGAAGAAGUUCAUGGAGAAGCACAGCGAGUAUUAAGGUGUCUUCCUGGGAGAAACUCAAAAGAAAAUGCUUCCAAGCAGAUGCCCUCUUUUCCAGAAAUGGUACAUUAUAUCCAAGAAAAGGCUUCCCAUCGAAUGAAAACUCCAGUCAAAUACAUGACUGGGACCACUGUCCUUCCCUUUAACCCAGCAGCAUUUGGAGAGGUAGGACUUUCAUAUAUUGCUAGUCUGAUGAAUAGCAGUAAAGAAGAAAUGCGUGAAUUGGCAGCGUUGUUUUAUUCUGUGGUCGUAUCAACCGUGUCAGGAAAUGAGUUGAAGUCAAUGAUAGAACAACUUAUAAAGACUACAAAAGACAAUCAUAGCCCUGAGAUACAACAUGGAUCCUUACUUGCAUUGGGAUUCACAGUGGGAAGAUACCUGGCUAAAAAGAAAAUGAGAAUGGCAGAGCACCAAGACCUGGAGGCUGAUGCAAGUUUCCUGCCUGACCAAGAGGAGCUCAUUCAGACUGCCACAGAAACAAUAGGUUCAUUUCUGGACAGUACAUCCCCACUUUUGGCAAUUGCUGCCUGUACAGCCCUGGGUGAAAUUGGCAGAAAUGGUCCACUCCCUAUCCAAAGUGAGGGAUCUGGCUUUACCAAGCUGCAUCUUGUUGAAAGCUUACUAAAUAGAAUUCCUUCCAGUAAAGAAACAAAUAAGAUGAAAGAACGAGCAAUCCAAACAUUGGGGUAUUUUCCAGUUGGGGAUGGGGAUUUUCCUCACCAGAAACUUCUCUUGCAAGGUCUCAUGGAUUCUGUGGAGGCCAAACAGAUAGAACUUCAGUUCACCAUUGGCGAAGCCAUUACCAGUGCUGCUAUAGGAACCAGUUCCGUGGCUGCCCGAGAUGCCUGGCUUGUGACUGAAGAAGAAUAUACUCCUCCAGCUGGUGCCAAAGUGAAUGAUGUGGUCCCAUGGGUAUUGGAUAUUAUAUUAAAUAAACACAUCAUCAGCCCUAACCCACAUGUAAGGCAAGCAUCCUGCAUCUGGCUCCUUUCCCUUGUAAGGAAGCUAAGUACCCAUAAAGAAGUGAAGUCUCAUCUUAAAGAAAUUCAAAGUGCAUUUGUUUCAGUUCUGUCAGAAAAUGAUGAACUUAGCCAAGACGUUGCCUCAAAAGGCCUUGGGUUGGUUUAUGAACUAGGAAACGAGCAGGAUCAACAGGAGUUGGUAUCUACACUUGUAGAGACACUCAUGACUGGCAAAAGAGCUAAACAUGAAGUUUCUGGAGAGACAGUGGUAUUUCAAGGAGGAGGCCUUGGCAAAACACCUGAUGGCCAGGGGCUUUCUACGUAUAAAGAACUAUGUUCUCUGGCAAGUGAUCUUAGUCAGCCAGAUCUGGUGUAUAAAUUUAUGAAUUUGGCCAACCAUCAUGCAAUGUGGAACUCAAGGAAGGGUGCUGCUUUUGGUUUUAACAUAAUUGCUACAAGAGCUGGAGAACAGCUGGCUCCUUUUCUGCCUCAACUAGUUCCUCGUCUUUAUCGUUAUCAGUUUGAUCCCAACCUUAGUAUUCGACAAGCUAUGACAAGUAUCUGGAAUGCAUUGGUUACUGACAAAACAAUGGUGGAUAAAUAUUUGAAGGAAAUUCUUCAAGAUUUAAUUAAGAACCUUACCAGCAAUAUGUGGAGAGUUCGAGAAUCCAGCUGUUUAGCUUUGAAUGACUUAUUGAGAGGAAGACCCUUAGAUGACAUCAUUGAUAAACUUCCAGAAAUUUGGGAAACCCUUUUUAGAGUGCAAGAUGAUAUCAAGGAGUCUGUACGCAAAGCAGCAGAAUUAGCACUGAAAACUCUGAGCAAGGUUUGUGUGAAAAUGUGUGACCCUGCCAAAGGAGCAGCGGGCCAGAGAACCAUCGCUGUCCUCCUCCCUUGCCUUCUGGACAAAGGAAUGAUGAGUCCUGUGACAGAAGUUCGAGCCCUCAGCAUUAAUACCCUUGUGAAGAUCAGUAAAAGUGCAGGAGCCAUGUUGAAACCACAUGCACCAAAACUCAUCCCUGCUCUGCUGGAGUCCUUAAGUGUAUUGGAGCCCCAAGUUCUCAAUUAUUUGAGUCUCCGGGCUACAGAUCAAGAAAAGGCUGCGAUGGAUAGUGCUCGACUAAGUGCUGCCAAGUCAUCUCCUAUGAUGGAAACAAUCAACAUGUGCCUGCAAUACCUUGAUGUUUCAGUGUUGGGUGAACUAGUUCCUAGGUUAUGUGAACUGAUCAGAAGUGGUGUAGGUCUUGGAACGAAGGGAGGCUGUGCCAGUGUCAUUGUGUCUUUAACCACUCAGUGCCCACAGGACAUAACACCUUACUCAGGUAAACUUAUGAGUGCUUUGCUUAGUGGCCUGACAGAUCGGAACAGCGUGAUUCAGAAAUCCUGUGCAUUUGCUAUGGGCCAUUUAGUCCGGACCUCACGGGAUAGCAGUACUGAAAAACUGCUGCAGAAGCUUAAUGGCUGGUAUAUGGAGAAAGAAGAACCCAUCUAUAAGACCUCUUGUGCUUUGACUAUUCAUGCAAUUGGACGAUACAGCCCUGAUGUAUUGAAAAACCAUGCCAAAGAAGUUCUGCCCUUAGCAUUUCUAGGCAUGCAUGAAAUAAUUGAUGAGGAGAAAUCUGAAAAAGAAGAAUGUGACUUAUGGACUGAAGUUUGGCAGGAAAAUGUGCCUGGUUCCUUUGGAGGCAUUCGAUUAUACCUGCCGGAGUUGAUUGCCAUUACCCAGAAGGCUUUACAGUCUCAGUCCUGGAAAAUGAAAGCCCAGGGUGCAAUCGCCAUGGCGUCCAUUGCAAAACAAACCAGCAGUCUUGUGCCUCCAUAUCUGGGGAUGAUACUGAGUGCAUUGCUGCAGGGCCUGUCUGGGAGAACAUGGGCAGGAAAGGAAGAACUAUUGAAAGCCAUUGCCUGUGUGGUGACAGCUUGCAGUGCAGAGCUGGAAAAGUCUGUGCCCAGUCAACCCAGCAUAAAUGAAAUUCUUCAAGCUGUUUUGAAGGAAUGUUGCAAAGAGAACCUCAAAUACAAGAUUGUAGCAAUCAGUUGUGCAGCUGAUAUUUUAAAGGCCACCAAAGAGGACAGAUUCCAGGAGUUUUCUGACAUUGUCAUACCUCUCAUCAAGAAGUUUGGUUAUGAACUCCCAUUGCUCCUCUCCCCUUCUGUGUUCUUAUGUCUGUUCCUCCUUUAUUCCUUGUUACUCCUCUGUACAUACUUUCCUUCUCUGGCCUACUUUGUUUGUUUUUUUUUCCCAGGUUGUUAUCGUCAGGAGCUGUGCAAGCUGAUGUGCGAACGGCUGAGACUCAGCACUUGGAAAGUGCAGCUAGGUGUCCUACAGUCAAUGAAUGCCUUUUUUCAGGGGUUAAUGCUUUUAGAAGAAGAACACGCAGAUCCUGAGGCUUUGACUGAAAUUCUCCUUGAAACUUGUAAAUCCAUCACAUAUUCUUUAGAAAAUAAGACCUACUCAUCUGUGAGAACAGAAGCUUUGUCUGUGAUAGAAUUACUGCUUAAAAAACUUAAAGAAUCUAAACAGUGGGACAGUUUGACAUCUGAAUGCAGGGUGCUCCUGAUUGAGUCUUUAGCUACUAUGAACACAGACAGCAGACCUGAGCUGCAGGAAAAAGCAUCGUUUCUGAAGAAAACACUUGAAAAUCUGGAGUAAAGGGGAAUGGGAAGACUGAAACAAAUGCUAUGGUCCCUGGGGGUUGAAAUGGUGUUCUUUAAAAAAACCAAGUGGGGAAAAGUAAAGAUUAAUCUGUAGCAUGCAUCAUUCCUUGGCUGAAAUAAUAACAAUAAAAAGCCUUAAAUUUUG